GUCACCGUAUUAUUUUUCUCGAACGCAGCUGACGAUGUAAACAAGAAAAGACAGUCGAGGGCAACAGGGAUCAAAUAGGCCGGUGUCAACGCAAAUGAUAGCCAUCGUAUGCUCGUGAACGGCUGACAUGGGGCUGCCUGUUACUAUUAAAGUCAAUUUUCGGGGGAACGUGAAGAGAUUCCUGGCGCAGGAUUUGGACAAAUUGGAGUGGGAAUCCGUUGAAGCUUGGAUCAAAGCAUCAUUUGGGAUCAACCACUUUCAAGUCAAAUACUUUGAUGAGGAAAAUGAAGAGAUUUGCAUCAACAGUCAAGAUGAAUACGAAGAAGCCAUCAAGAGUGCAGAGAAGCAGGGGAACCAGUUGCACAUGAACGUGUACAAGAUGAAGGGGCAGGCCUGUGGAGGCCCUCUGAAGACGGAGGUGAAGGAGCUGAAGGGAGACCUCCGGCCCGCUCCUCCUUAUCCAUCCAGGGUCAAAACAGUGGACAAGGGCACACAGGUCACUCCGGAGCGAGAAGCUGUAACAGUGAAGGACACCAAGGGGAACAAACCAGAAGACGAGCCGCCUCCCAUGUGGUUCCGAUCUUACAUGGAGAAGUUUAAAGAUGAAGUCGUGAAAGAGGUGGUGGAGAGGAUGUGCAGCGACUUUUCUGGCCAGUGUUGCACACACAAAGCUUCUGAUGGGCCCCUCGAGACCGGCGGGGGGGCUUCUGGCGGUCCCAUAGGGCCCAGACCAGGCCCCUCCACCUCGAACGGAUCUCUUGGCUACACCCCAAACUGCAGCAGCUGCCACAAACUCACCUCUGAAGGGGCCUAUAAGUGCAGUGUGUGCCCGUCCUGCAUCCUGUGUGAGAUGUGCAGGCAUAGCCAUGACCCCAGCCACAACCUUGUGAGAACCAAGACUCCUCUCUCCAUCCCCGAGCAUGGAAUGUCGGGAGAGUUGAGGUUCCCAAGGCGAGGAGACAGGACAGUGCGCAAGGCCGAGCGACAGCGCCUCAAAGCUGAAAGGAGGCAGCUCAGAGCUGAAGUGAAGGAAAUCAAGAAGAAACUGAGACUGGAGAAGAGGGGGCUGCAGUGGAGCGGGCCCUCUACCUCAGGCAGAGCCAACCUGACAAACACGGCCUCCGCGUCCACCCAGGUCCCGGCUCCGCCCCCCACUGCUGCCUCAGAAACAGCCUCAGGUCCAGCCCCAGCCCAAGGUCCCGCCCCUGCCCCGGUCCCUGACCCCCAGGCCUCCAGUCCAGAGGGUCCUGGGGUCUCGCACACGUCCUUGGUGCCCACUAUGGCUGCGUUGUUUCUGGAUGAAAAUCUGCCGGACGGCACCCGUCUGGAGCCUGGAACCAAGUUCAUCAAAUACUGGAAGAUGAGGAACUCGGGGACUAUCAGCUGGACCUCAGAGACCAAGCUAGUGUUCAUGUGGGGGAACCUCGGCCUGGCGUCAGAGGAGAGGAGGGAGGUGCCGGUCCCCCUGUUGCUGCCCGGGCAGGUGGGAGUGGUCAGUGUGGCCUUUGUGGCUCCCGUGAUGGAGGGGACGUACACCUCCCACUGGAGGCUGGCGCACUGCGGGUGUCAGUUCGGCCCGCGCGUCUGGUGCAGCAUCGUGGUCGAACCCGGCGACGGCCGCAACACGCUCGCUCCUCAGAGCAAACGACUGAAGGAGGACGUUAAGCCGGCAGAGAAGAAGAGGGAGGUCCGGUCUCAGGACAGUCCUGGUCCUGGCUUUGCUAUCGACCUGAGCCAUGAGGACUUGUACUUCCCAUCGGUCGACCUGCUGACUGCACAGGAUCUUCUGUCAUUUGAGCUGCUGGAUAUAAACAUUGUGCAGGAGUUGGAGAAGGUUCCUAACAACACUCCUGUGGCUUUGACACCCUGCAUAUCCCCUCUGCCCCCUGAUGCUCCAGUGUUGGAGAAGGCCGUCGCUUCACAGAUAAAAGAUGACUCGGAGGUCUCAGGGGUCAGAACACUUUUCGGAGUGAAGCUGAGGCAGGAGAGCGAGCAGCCGGAGCCUGUGGCCCAGGAGGAGGACCGGGAGGAGGAGAUCAGUGGAGCCCAGUUCCUCUGUGAGACCGUCAUCCGCUCCCUCACCUUAGAGGAAGCCCCCGAUCACAGACCCCUGCGCCGAGCCCAGCACAGCAGCCUCAAAGCAAACAUUUCCUCUCGUGGUCCAAACUUUCCCUUUGAGAAGCCGGUGGAUGUUGAGAAGUCGGAGAGAGCGCAAGAAGUUAAAGAGGAGAUCUGUGCUGUCAGACUGGAGAAUUCAGCUCUGCCUCUAAACACCGGUCUCAACCUGAUCAGCGUGGAAGAGGAGACAAGUCCAGCGGAUGAAAACACACAGAUCAGCUCACCUUCUGACAGAGAGGACGAAGAGGUCAUGGUUUUAAACGAGCUGCAGAGCAUGAGGGACACCGAGGAGGAGGGAGAGGAGGGCGGCAACAAAGGAGAAGACUGGGAGGAGGUCAGCAGCCAGACCUCUUCAGUCUCCUCCUGCGACGAUUACAUCAUCGUCCUCCCAGACUGCUUCGACACCAGCCGGCCUCUGGGUGAGUCCAUGUACAGCUCUGCCAUGUCGCAGCCAGACCCAGCUGACGCCACCGCCGCCGCUGAUGAUGAUGAUGAUGAUGAUGAUGAUGAUGAUGAUGUAACCUCAGCUGAUCCAGACGUGGACGAGGAGAAAGAGGAAGAGUCCGAGCCCGAGCCCGAGCCCGACGCGGCUGAACCGCUGAGCGAGAGGCAGGAGAAGAUGGAGGUGGCUGAAGACGAGGAUCCACCUGUGAACACCUGGCUUCCAGUUCUCCCUCCAUCCAUCCACAGCAGUGUGAACCAGAUGCUGUGUGCCUCCCAGACGCUCGACGCCACCACGCUCACCCCUGAAGUGGUGCCGCCGCCCGUGCUGCCAGACCCCCUGCUGCCCCCGCCCGCCCUCUACUCACCAAGGUCUGAGGCACUGUACCUGGCUGAGGACCCCAGCCCCCCGGCCUGUGACCCAUAUGAGCCGCCCCAACCGAGGGUCCACCUAAAUGUAUCAUCUGGUGGUCUGUCGAGAUCAGCAGGCUCAGCAUCCAGUGCCUUUGAGACAUAUAACCCCAGACCCAGAUACGCUUUGCAGCCAAGAGGCCAAGGAGGCAUCACAGAGGGAUUCGUCAAGGGGGCCCUUUCUGUGGCAGCGUCUGCUUAUAAAGCCCUCUUCACUGGACCAAACUGUUCCAUACAGCGAGGCAUCGACCCAGCCACCAGACAGGACCCUUCCAUGAUGGCGAUGCUGCUGGAGAUGGGCUUCGGAGACCAGCGGCUCAACCAGCGGCUGCUGAGGAAGCACGGCUACAGCCUGCUGCACACCGUCAACGAGCUGGUGCAGAUGGCCGAGGACAGCCAGAACAAAGCUGUCAACUCUCUGCACUAAAGGGGGAGGGGGGGAGGGUGGGGGGGGGAAUAACCGCGGGGGGAGAGGCUACUUUUGUUUAAGGCUUUAAAAGAAGGAAUUGAAAACAUGAUGUAAAAAGAAUAUUUAGAUUAUGUCCUGCAUAUCGCUCACCCUUUACAGCGUCUAGCUUUAUAUUCAAUUCUGUAAAGUCCAGACAAAGAAAACCUUUCUGUGUGUGACUUAUUGGUUGAUCAUUUAUUUGGAAAAAAAUGAAUAAUAAUUACACACACAAAAAAAUCUGUUAAAGGCAGGGUUGGUAAUUUUUCGAAAACUAGCAUGAUUUUGAAAGUAGCAUUCCCUCAGUGCUUCGUCUGCACCCGGCCACUCCCCUCUGUACUCCCUCAAAAGCCACGCCUCCUCACUUACAUGCACAAGCGCCAUUGGUCCUGAAGCGGCCCUCAGCUCAUAGCUUGAGUGUGGGCUCGUGCAUACAUGGAGUAGAGAACGAGUAAGGAGACAGGGAGGCGUCUGAUUGGUUCAUCAGAUUGGUACCUCGUGCAGACAUUGGUUGAAGUUUUUACAGGCUAACAACGACUACAGAUGACGGAUUUUCUUCGUUCCUUUUUCAGAGCUCAUGAGUUAUUAGUUCCUAUCAGGACCUAAAGACAAUUUCAACCAAAAUCUUAAAAAGUGUAUCUGGAGGAAAUUACCAACCCUGCCUUUAAAGUGUAAAAAAAAACCUUAAAGAUUAGCAUAUAUUUCUCUAAAUUAGAAAGAAUGGCUUCCCUGCCUUUGCCUUUACUUUAGCUUCAACAUUGGGUUGAAAUUAAACAUAUACACCUGUAAAUUACUCAGACUAGCGGUGAACCUUUGCCAUGCCUUGUUUACCUUGGACCAUAGAGCCUUCUGUGUCGAUGUAACGCUGCAGGAGCUGUGUAGUUCAGACCGGACAUAAGAGUGUAGUAUUCCAGCUCUUUCAUCUUCGUGUUUGUGUGGCUGUCGUAGCUGCUUCCUCGGCGCUGAAAAUAAUCGUAUUCGGAGAUAAAAGGGCUUCUUUGGCUAGAUUCUUCUCUCAAAUAGAGCAGUGGAUGGUAGUAUUGUUGAAUGUCAAAAAAAAAAAAGGCCUGCUCUCGUUUGAGACGAUGCUACUGAAGCUUUUCAUGGGUGUUCUUUGGUGUUAAGGGUCGGCAUUUUGCAGUAGUAAGAAAAAAAACGAAAAAAAAAAAACAAGAUAUCUGAGACGUUUCUUGAUUAUCGUAGUGAAAUCUGCCUAAACAAUGCAAUCUUUUUCUGUAUCAGAGUACUGUUAUUUUAGACGUUGACAUGUGGAAUGUAAUCAAAACUUUGCCCGGGCGCAAUUGCCGCUCGGACUCGGAUGUUUUCUACCGCUUUUUAGGAGACACCUGCAUGACAGGUAGAGGCUGUAGAGAUGAGUCGUGUUCUUGUGGUCUUAGCACAGUCACAGUUUGGGGGGGGGGGGGGGGGCUUUGCAUCAUCAUUUAUCUCCCCUGCCUGCAUUUUGUCCUCAUUCAGCCACCAUCCCUCCCCCUUCAAAAAAAAAUAUAAACCUAGCAACAGUCAUUCAACACUAAUCCAAGCUGAGAUGUCUCUAAACACAUUCCUUUAAUCUCAUAGUGGAACCAAGUAUGUUUUUAUUUAAAUACAUUGCCUUUUGGAGAGAUGAUUAUUCGUUUACUGACAUGUACAUGUGCUGAUUUGACAUAUUAUGUGUGUGUGUGUGAGUGUGCAGAUUUAUGUUAAUGUACACCUCUGUUCUCUUCAUUUAUUCUUUGUUAGCGUGCGUGUGCCGGGUUGACGAGUUUUCAAAUCACGUUUUCUUAUGUUGACGAUUCUCCGUGUUUAAAAAAAAUCUUUCUCUAGAGAAUAAUUGUGAAUAUAUCUACUACUGUACGCUUGUCGAAUUAUUCUUCUGCCACAGAGUGUAUACAUUGAAUCCUCUCAACUGUCAAUCCGCCAAUAAACUAUUUGCACAUCU